GUAAGUCUAUAUUGACCUUACAUGUCAUGAAGACCUGACGGAACCGAUUGGCGUCUCCCCGCUCAGAUUACUUCAACAUACUUAUCAUGAUUGACGUGCGUGCAGUGUAUGGAACAUACACAUCGAUUCAUGACCCAAUGGCGAUACAGGUUGUGUUCGCGAUGUUGUACGAUCAAAGCUACCGCAGGGAGGACCUGCUACGAUCGUGGGACGCACUACUCGUCGGUCAGUCUGUGUGGGUGCAAGCCCUACCUUCGACCUGCCGAACGGAGUUUGACGCUUGAUGUAUGCUCGCCAAGGGCAAUUUCUUGGUCAGAUAGCCUUCGGACUAUCUUGCGAUAGAUUCGGACAGAAGGCUUCGUUGUCUGCGUCAGCCGCCAUGAUUCUCGUGGGCGCUGUACUUUGCACAGCUGCCCGCGGUCUUCACGGAGGCUUGUCGGGCCUGCUGUGGUUCGUGACGGUCGCGAGAGGUAUCAUAGGCGUGGGAAUUGGCGGCAUUUAUACUUCAGCAUGUACGAUUGCAUUUGAAGCCGUCGAUGAUAUGACCACCAAGAAGGGACGAGUAUUUGUUCUGAUGACCAACGUCAUGUUCAGCGCUGGAGCUCCGCUAGCAACAAUUGUCUUCCUCGUCGUGCUGUCAGCGGCGCGUCCAGAACAUCUCGCUACUGUGUGGCCAGUGUGCACUGGGAUAGGGAUCGUCAUUCCACUAGCAGCGAUUUGUUAUAGCAGCCUACGGGACAUUUCUGAACGGUACGGAAGGCGUAUCAUGGGGCCAGAUCUAUCCGUGUAUUCAUUGGAGCUCAGACGAAACUGGGCUGGGAUGGCUCGUACAUGCUGCCUAUGGUUUGUGUAUAAUUUCGUGGCAUACCCCAAGAUUGUACUCUCGGGAGUCAUUCUCUACACCAUCGUCGAUGGGGACCUGUGGAGAACCGCAGGAUUCGAGUUGCUGCUGGGCGUUUUUGCUCUCUGCGGAAGCUGGGUAGGCGCUAUGUGGUGUGAUGCUAUGGGAAGACGUAACAUCAUGCUUGUUUCACUCGCGGGUUAUGUUGUCUUUGCCCUGAUCAUUGGUUGUGCAUACGACCGUCUCGUCAAGAUCGUCCCUCUUCUGGUGGUUCUCUACGCUUUGAUGCUCUUCAUGGGAAACCUGGGUCCUGGAAAUAUGUUGAGUCUUAUCGCCUUAGAAUCGUACCCCCGGAACUUCAGGGGGUCAUUUUACGGUGUUACUGCCGCCUUCGGGACUGCAGGCGCCUUGGCGGGAAUCCAUGCCUUCAACACUAUCGAUGAGAAUCUCCGUAAGCAGUGGGGAUUCAUCAUCGCAGCACUAUGUGGUGCAUUAGGCAUCGUUAUCGCCUACUUCCUGCCUGCAGCCCCAGAUGUGACGUCAGCGAGCCUGUCGGAGAAGGAGGCUACAGCAGAAGAUGACCACGUAGCAACGCCGGCUGCAUCCCAUACCAGGCACAAUGGUUCUCCGAUGGUACAUCCGAAGCAAAGCCCUUCCGUCGACAAGGAUGACGGCUUGGACACAAAUGAUGACUUUGUCCCGUGUGCUCAUGGCUCAAGUGGCCUGCGAGGAAUGCCUGGUGAUUUUAGCGUGCCAUCAUCCGAUGAUGGGACAUCUGCACGGCAGGGGGUCCAUCACGCUGUCCGGUCGGGUUCCACUGGAGUAGUUGCCCACACAUCGGCUCAAUCUGCCAUUCGCCGUGCUAUCCCUCAGGCUACGGAAGCUCAAAUUUCAGACGCAGGCUCUGGAUUGCUUGCAUGUCCUGAGGCCGCCCCAUCCCGUCGUGUGAUGUUACUGCAAAGGAUGCCAGGAUCCGAACUUCAGGAGUAUUCUGCACCGGCUCUGGACGUCCAGGAAGCCCACGAAGUGAUCACGGAGCACGUCGCUGCGUCUGGGCUACAGAAAUUCUUCAAAGCCAACGACACAUUUGUCAAGACAGUCGAGGCGAACGCUGCGCAGUUGAAAGACGAUGGGCGAUCCUUCCCUGUGACGAGGCAAAACGUCACGCGACUCAUCCGCCUGAGUCUGUACCACCCGGUGCUGUAUUGUGAUGACAGCGGGUCGAUGACGCUGGAUAGCCCAACGCGCUGGGUCCUUCAGCGUAACGUCGUAGCCCGCAUUGCCAACAUCACAACGCGGGUCUUACCCCAUCCAUACGGCGUAAGUUUACGAUUCAUCAAUGCUGUAUGGGCAGCGCAGGACAACAUUCCCGCAUCCCAUGUGCUCAACGCAGUCGAUAGAGUGUCACCCGAUGGUGGGACACCCCUGGGCACAAACCUACGGAACCACGUUCUCCAGCCGCUGGUAUAUGAUGUCCUAGAUCGGCCGGACCACCGUGCACGCCUCCUCGAGCGGCCAUUGUUGAUCUGUGUUGUCACAGACGGCUGUCCAGGCGACUACGAGAUCCAAUUCGAGGACGCUAUCGCAGAAUGUCGUCAACGCCUCGUUCGCGCUGGAUAUGAGCCGACCGCAGUCCGAUUCUGCGUGAAUCAAAUCGGUAACGACGCAGGCUCCACGAUGUUCCUCGAAAGGCUCAGAAGCAACCCGAACAUACAGGACAUUGUCUAUUGUACAACGGAGCGGAUUGACGAGAAGUUCCAAGAGUUCCGGGACAAUGAACGGCAGCUGGAUGAAUGGUUGCUUAGGAUGCUUUCUGACCCUAUCAUGCAUAACACCUCGACUGGCAACUGAUACUAUGGACGCAGCCUAGCAACGAGGCAGAUAGUUCAUGUAUACUAGAAGUGAGACGAAACUGGAGAAGAUCGUAGUCGAGCUUGUACAAUG